AUGGAGGAUAUACAUGAGAGCGAGUCAUAUUGUUUCAGAGAUUGGAUGAUCCAAAAAAUCGAAUCAAUGGUCGAAAAAUUAUUAUCAAAUAUAUCAAAUGGAACUCCACCCAUACUUCAAACUGUGUCAAAUGUGAAAAGGAGAGAAUGCCAUACCGAAUAUGAUAUACAGAGUGGCACACUUCGAAGAAAAAAUAAUAAUUUUAAAGAUGUUUCGUUCUUAAAAAAUCCGAGAGGAUUCGCUAUUAUUAUCCGAAUACUUGAUAUAUGCCAUGAACUUCUUAUCCAAGAUGUGACGGCCACUAAAAGAGACAUAUAUUACAAAGAUGUUCGAUUAUUCGGCAACCAACACACGGUCGAUGCGGCAAUAGAUGAACUGGCUUGUCUUUUUCGUGUUCCACGGGCUUGUUUGAAUGUGACAGCUUCAGCUAAAGGUUUGGUUGCUGGUGCCCUUAAAAUUAUUCAAAAAGACAAGACGAUACUAGAUUGCUUAUCGAUCAAUAAUCAAACACGCGUAGAAACAAAUGCCGAAUUUGUUCUUAUUGUUGAAAAAGAAGCUACGUUUCAAUAUUUACUAUCUAGUAGAAUAUUUGAAAAAUUGGGUCCUUGCAUUAUCAUCACUGGUAAAGGAUAUCCGGAUGUUGCUACUCGCCAACUAGUUAAAAUACUCGGAGAUUUGCGCCGCAACAAUGAUCAAAUAAAUUCAUUCAAAACUAUUCCAAUCCUUGGAUUUUUCGAUAAUGAUCCGUAUG